AUGUCCUGGGCCGGCCUUCUUCCCGAGCUACAGACUCUCAUACUCGGCCGUCUGGAGGUGGCCGACUACCUCCGGUUCGCUGCCGUCUGCCGCUCAUGGUGUUCGACGGUGGCCGAGAGGCCUUGCCUGCCGAAGCCGCAGAUCCCAUGGCUGAUGCUUUCCGAUAGCACGAGGGAUCCCGACACCCGCCGCUUCUUCAGCCGCCCGGACCAGAAGAUGUACAAAAUCCACCUCCCGGAGAUCCACGGCCGCGGCUGCAUCGGAUCCUCCGAGGGGUGGCUGUUCACCACCGACGAGGUCUCGGAGCUGCACGCUCUCAAUCCGCUCACCGGGGCAUCCUUGGCCUUCCCAUCCGUGACGACGUUCUCCGAUGUCGCCGGUGCCAUCCGUGACUCCGACGGCCGAAUCACCGACUAUAUCCUCCUGGUUGAUGAACUGGGAGAGGUGCCGUAUGAAUUGGAGCACAUGCGCUGGUGCUACUAUUUCAGGGCAAUCCUUCACCCCUCCUCCGCAGUCGUGGCGGUCAUCCACGGAGGAUUCAACGAUCUGGCAUUCGCGCGUGCUGGGGACGAGUCAUGGACCGAGCUCCAACCACCACAACCGCUGACCUUCAUGGAUAUCAUCUUUCGCAAGGGGCUGCUCCACGCCCUGAGCACCAGCGGGGCUCUCAUGGUCUUCGAUCUCGAUGCGCCGGGCUCGCCGAUGGUGACAUGUGUAGCAGGUCCCGAUUCGGAAAUGUCGAAGCGGGGCCGCUACAAGCAAAGGUACCUGGUGGAGUCACCGGACGGUGAGGAUGUGUUCCAGGUGUGGAAAGACACGCACUGGUUCCUGAUGGACGGGAAUCGGCGCCAGAGGGGUUACGCCAUGUUUCCCGACGAUGCGAGGAUGGCCGUAGACUUUGCCAUCUUCAAGCUCGACGAGAGACGGAAGGAUUGGUCGGAGGUCGAAGACUUGGGUGAUGUCGCCCUGUUCCUCGGGCGUAGCCGCUCGAUGGCACUAUCCACGCGCGAAUUCCCCGAGCUUACGAGCAGCUGCAUCUAUUUCACCAAUGACUACACAGAUGGGGACAUUAUGGGACCGGGCGGCAAGCGUGACGUGGCAGCGUUCAAUUUGAAAGAUGCAAGUUGCCAGCGCUAUGAUUCCCGUUUGACCGAUUCUGAGUGGAAUUGGCCGCCACAGAUCUGGAUCGAGCCUUCUCUACUCCUUCCUCAAAUAUGCUCGCUGCAAGUUUCAAGUCAUGAUGAAGCCUCUGCUGGAUGA